AUGCCAUCUAAUCCAUCCGAAUUAGUUCAUGGUAAAUCAGUCGACAUAGAAAAGCCUCGAUAUGAUCAGUCUACAUAUAUUGGCAGAGCCAAACACUUUUUUAUUACAACUAAUCCUUUGAAUGCUUUCAAAACACCUGCUGAAUUAGAAGAAGCAAGGACCAUUGUUCAUAAUUAUAGGAUAGGGAUUAUUCAGCCUGGUUUAACUGUAGAAAAGCUUUGGCAGGCAAAAAAUGUGUACGACUCAGCGUUUCAUCCAGAUACAGGAGAAAAAAUGAUACUCAUUGGACGCAUGUCAUUUCAGGUGCCUGGGAAUAUGUUUAUAACGGGUUGUUUGCUACAGUUUUACAAGUCUACACCGGCUGUCAUAUUUUGGCAAUGGUUUAACCAAACAUUCAAUGCCGUUGUAAAUUAUACUAAUCGGAGUGGUGACGCACCUAUUUCACUAACACGUCUUGGUAUAUCAUAUGUUUUGGCUACUGGUGGAGCAUUAGGCACUGCAUUAACUAUCAAUAAACAAGUUCAAAAAUUUCCUCCUAUAAUUGGUCGAUUUGUACCAUUUAUUGCAGUCAGUGCAGCUAAUUGUAUUAAUAUUCCAUGUAUGAGAAGUGCUGAAUUAACGGAAGGUACACCUAUAAUAGAUGAAAAUGGUGAAAAAUUGGGUAAAUCAACUGUUGUAGGACGUAGAGCUGUUAGUCAAGUGGUUUUAUCACGAAUAUUAAUGGCUUCUCCUGGAAUGACAAUUUUACCUUUUGUGAUGCAAUCAUUAGAAAGACAAAAAUUGCUUAUUCGUUAUCCUUGGUUAGGAGCUCCAAUACAAAUUAGUUUAGUCGGUUUAAUGUUAUCACUUGUAACACCUUUAUGCUGUGCUGUAUUCCCACAAAUCAGUUCAAUUCCAUUUGAUAAACUUGAACCUGAUGUUCAAGCACAUAUUAAAGAAAUUCGAUCUGAUCGAUUACCUUCAGUUGUUUAUUAUAAUAAAGGUUUAUAA